GGAUGUGUUUUAGAUAAAAAGGAUGUGGCCGAUGCCUGUGGCAGGAUUCUCACUCUCUUCAGCAAGGUAAAGGUAUGGCUUUAGAGGACAACCUUUCUAUAGGUUUUCCUCUUGACUGAUUGCAACUGUGGUAUUCUUACUCACUCUGUCAAAUGUGUUAUUGAGGUAUUCAAAUCACUAGCAGCAUUAAAAAAGGAUACAAACAGCAUGUGCUAAAAGCUGUAUUUACUGCCUAUAAUAAUAGUUUUUAGUUUUGUAUGUCUUCUUUUUUCAGGUUCGCCCUGCGUUGCUAAAAGGAUGGACAACAACAUGUCAUUUCCAAGCCAUAUCCUUCAAAUCCAGGGUUUUGAAUUCUCACAGACAUUCAUGUAUCCAAUUUUUUUCUCCAUGCUGUUUGUUUAUCUCUCCCUCCUUGUGUCUAACAUUGGUGUCCUGGUAGUCAUCAUCAAAGAAAGAAAUUUGCACCAACCAAUGUAUAUCCUCUUCUGUAACCUGUCUGUAAAUGAUCUGAUUGGCAACACUGUCUUGUUGCCUCGCCUCAUGGCUGACAUUGUUUCAACUGAGAGGUUUAUCACGUACAGCCAAUGUGUUGCUCAGGCCUUUUUCAGUCACAUGUUUGGAUCAGCCUCACAUAUGAUACUGAUCAUUAUGGCCUUUGACAGGUAUGUGGCCAUAUGUUACCCGUUAAGGUACAUGUCCAUAAUGACAACCAAAACUGUAGUUACGCUGUCUGUGUCUGCUUGGGGGGCUUCACUUGUGUUAGUGUCUGUCCUACUGGGUCUCACCAUAAGGCUUUCCCGCUGUAGUUCAAUCAUUCAGAAUGUUUAUUGUGACAAUGCAUCAUUGUUCAAGCUAUCCUGUGAGAACGUUUCAAUCAACAACAUCUAUGGACUCUUUUUCACAGUGCUGCUCUUUACUUCAUCAAUGGGAAGCAUCGCUGUCACUUAUAUCAGGAUUGCUGUGAUUUGCUGGACCAAGAAAAGCAAAGAGCUGAACAACAGAGCGUUGCAGACCUGUGCAAGCCACCUGGUGGUGUAUCUCAUUAUGCUGUGGAGUGGGUUUCUAACCAUCAUACUGCAUCGCUUUCCAAACUAUCCAUAUUUGAGAAAACUGGCUUCUGUUCUAUUUCAUGUCGUCCCUGCUCAUUUGAAUCCAAUUAUCUACGGCUUGCAAACAAAGUCAUUGAGGCAGAAAAUUAUACAAAUACUCUGUCGGAAAGUUACACACUCUUAAUACAGAGAUUACUUUGUAAAUCAAGGCUUGAUUAUUCUGGUCCUAAAACAGCCAAAAUAAAAUGGUUCGUAUUUCAACACAUACCAGUCUUAAAAGCUGUGUUCAAGGUACUUUUCUAACAUAUUCAUCAUCUCUAGCACCAGCCCAACAUCAACAUACAGUAUGUGAAAAUGGAUUUCAACACAUACCAGUCUUAAAAGCUGUGUUCAAGGUACUUUUCUAACAUAUUCAUCAUCUCUAGCACCAGCCCAACAUCAACUUACAGUAUAUGAAAAUGGAUUUCAACACAUACCAGUCUUAAAAGCUGUGUUCAAGGUACUUUUCUAACAUAUUCAUCAUCUCUAGCACCAGCCCAACAUCAACAUACAGUAUGUGAAACGGAUUUCAACACAUACCAGUCUUAAAAGCUGUGUUCAAGGUACUUUUCUAACAUAUUCAUCAUCUCUAGCACCAGCCCAACAUCAACUUACAGUAUAUGAAAAUGGAUUUCAACACAUACCAGUCUUAAAAGCUGUGUUCAAGGUACUUUUCUAACAUAUUCAUCAUCUGUAGCACCAGCCCAACAUCAACAUACAGUAUGUGAAAAUGGAGCAUUUCUAUGUGUUGUAGUGAAAAAGAUGGAGGAACAUAAGUGUUUCUGAUGACAUCAUCUCCUGUGUAUCUUGUGAUUUGAACCAAUUAUGUGCAGGCAAUGAGCAGAAAUAGUUGUGGCAGCAAUUGCAAUAUUUCCCUCUAAAGGUUAUGUUUUGCCAUUUUCACAUAUUUUGAUGUUGGGAUGGUGAUGGAGAUGAUGAAUAUGAAGUUUAAAUAAUUGUUUUCAUUACCCUUUAAUGGUUAUGUUCUGUCAGAUAUUAGGAGGUAUGAAUGAGGGAACCGUAAAGGUGAUGAUGAGCAUACGUUGUUAAUCAGGCUUUCCUGUCUGUGCCUAGUCGUUACCUUGUUGCCAGUCAAAAUGGCAUCUCAAUUGAGACCUCUAGUGUCUGUUAGCUGAAAACGCAGAGGGACGUUGCAGGGAUGCUCAAAUCCAAGCCUGAGGGUCUGCAAAUCCAAUUCUGAAGGUCUGGUUUUCAGGUGAAUUGAGAGUUUGUCACUGAUGGCCAGAAAUUCCACUCACCUGUAACGGAUUCACUCUAUAGAGCCAACCUGGAACAGAGAUACUGAUAAAGAGCUUCCAUCUUUAGCCGGCCUCCGCCCUGUCCUGAACCUUAGACACGGUCACUUAUUGGCUACCAACAGGUACUCUACC